AUUGCGCUAUCCAACAGUUAACGCAGCGAAGGCACAAGUCUGGGCAGUUCUAACUCGAGGUGAGAUGACACGACUGCAGAGAUGGUGUAAUAACUGCUCCUGAAUGUAAACGAGGUAGAAGAUCAUGUUGAUUUUUUGAAAAAGAUAAAUUAUGAAACCUCACAAGGAGUGCUUAUCUGUGCACUUGUCUUCCGGUUUGCUGGAGCAUUUAAAGUCGCCACCCUUCCCAAUCCAUCAGCCGGACUGUUCUGGGCAAAAUAACGAAGGUCGUUUAAAGUUCCUCUGUUCUGAAUCUCUCAGACUGCGGAUCUGAUACAACAGGAAGUUUGCUUCGAUCACUGGACGCCAGGUUCCUCAUUUACCUGUCGCCUGGAACGAUUCCAACAUCGCAGCACGCUCAGUGUAUCUGCGGCUUUCGUUCAACCUUGCUACGAGUUACAUGGCUCUAGCUGCCGCAGCGUUCCCCAGUUGUUUUGAGAAGGUCAACAGCCAUCGACUGCAGAGAGUACAUUAAUCGUCACCCCACCAAUCGAGUUUUUCAGUAAUCAGCUCGAAGUGUACCGUUGUUUUGUUUUACAACCAACUGACUUUAAAUUGUUUUGCCAUUAAUGUAUUUACAGACCACUGCAAUGUAAACCUAUUAAUUGUAAAUCUUUUGAACAGGGACUGCCUUGGAUCGCUUGAAAGCUCCACUGAUGAUGAGACCAAACUCCAACAGAAAUGAAUUUCAUGAUUGAUUAACACAAUAGCUUCUAGUGCAAAUUGAUGGAAAAAAAUGACUUUUGACAUGAAGUUAGAACAAAGGCAAUUUUGUGCAUAUUGUACAGAAUUUUAGCUAAGUGACUACGACAACGGAAGAUUUGAAGACAGACACACCAAGUUAAGUAAUAACAUUGGAAAAGCUGACUCUCUGCUUUAAAUAUAUCAAGAAUCCAGCUGCUGGCUCCUGGCACAGGGACAAAGUUUUAAAACUUCAAGUUUCACUAAGCAUAUGGAUGAUUUGUAAUCAAAUCCCCUUAAACCUUUAUGGUGAAUUGGCCUUAUAAACAUAGUACAGGGAGAAAACUUAAGUUGUAUAUUUCCUUCAGUCAAUGGCCACUAUUUAUAAAUGCCACUAAUGCAGAAAAUAGAACUCAAGGCAUCUCAUGGACUCAAAACUGCUGGUAUUGCAAAUAAAAAACACUGCAAUUUAGAUGUUGUGGAUUCAGCUGAAGAGGAAAAAGGAACAAAGGGCUUCAACAAUAGUUUGGAACCACUACCAGGAACUGCAAGAUACACAGAUCCUCUCAGUGACGGAACGCUAAACUGUAACACACAACUGAGUUGCACCAAAGCAGGGGAGGAGAGAGAGUGUGAAUUUUUUAGCAGCAGACUUGUUGGGAUUGAGGAAAACAGCACCAGUACAACCACUGCAGUAACUACAGAGAAAGAAUCCCCUUUUGUAUCUCUUAACUCUUCCGGCUACUGGUCCGAUCUGCAGAGCCAGUCUGUUGAAACAGACGGAGAAUCCACACAUGGAGAAAAAAUGGCAGUAGGUAAAUGGGAGCGUCAGUCUGAAUCGCAAUCACUUGACCAGGACAGAGGUUGUGAAGAACAUUCUCUGGGAUCCUCUGUGAAACAAGAAUUUCCUAAAGAUGUGACAUUAUCAUACAGUGUUAUCAGACAAAACUCUGGACUUGUCGAUCAUGAGCUUCAAGAGGCAACGAGAAGGAGGCUGUGCAUUCUAGAAAGUGAAACCAAAGAUGUUGGGGUGCUUUUCAAUGAAUUGUCAUCGCGGCUGGUUUCAGUUCAUGCAGAGAAGGACCUCUUUGUCCUCACCUUUAAGACUGUUGAAGAAAUCUGGAAAUUUACAACUUACCUUUCCCUAGGGUUUGUGGGUCGCUGUUUGGAGAACUUGCUCUUGGACCAACGGUUCUGGUUGAAUGUCUCGCUUGUGGAAGAUGUGAAGAUUCAGGUUGAAGUGAACGAAGCACAUUUGUCAUUGAUGUAUUUGGAUCUUCUGUUACAGGAAGGUCACUUUUUCACCAGAGCCUUAUCCAACAUUCCAAAGAGUGAAGAGCAAGAUCUGAACAUCUGCAAGGAGGAUCUCAUCAUGGUUAAAGAUAUCGGGAACGACUCAAAGUGGGAAGCAACUGCGCUCUCAACCAAUGAAAAGGGCCUCAUUCCAGUUUCUGCGCCACAAGCUCUUCUCUACCCAUUUUACCAGUGGUUCCUAAGGUCGAGACCGGGGAACUUUAGUGGCUAUGAGGAAUAUAAACAACACCACUUCCCCCAUUCAAUUGGUACUGGCACUUGUAUCGCAACCAUGGAUUACAAAGAGGCUGAGGUGGAUGAACUGUGUUUCAACAAAGGAGAAAAGAUUCAAAUAAUUGGCUUCCUCCUUUCUAACCUGAAGUGGUUUUUGGGGAAGUCUUUAUCUACUGGAGAAACUGGGUUUGUACCAGUAAAGCACAUGAAGCCUGACCAAUUCAAAACACUGGAAACACACCUUUUGUUUUUAAGUGAUGAAGAAAAAACUUCUUUGAACAUGUUCCGAAAACCUGAUGAGCGACAUUGCAUCAAUCUCCUGAACAAGCUCUCCCAAACUGAUAUCAACACUGUUUAUCGUUUAGGGGAAUUACUUCCUUCCACGUUUGAACAGCACUACCUGUCUGACCCAGCUGGACUUUGUCACAAUGACAACAUUCCUGAUACGAACCCUUUUUUCUACAAGGAAUUAGAACAAUUCAUUCCAGAAAAGCAUCAACCUAAACAUCCAAGGUUUUAUACUGACCUUGGUCUCGAAGAUAUGAAUGAUCCUGAAGUCUUCAAUCCCAUGCUAUUAUUUCUAAACCAAGAGGAAUACAUUUCACAUUUCAGACAUUUCUAUGACUUGAACUUUUCCUUCAUAGGGUCCAUCUUGUAUGGAGUAACUGAAGAGAAGGAAGUUUUACAGUAUUUGGAAAUGGCAAGGGAGAUGGCCAAAAUGUACAACAAACAUUGGGCAUACUGCAGAAUCUGUUUUCUGUUGGGAAGACUUUGUGCUAAACGACUCAGAUUCUCACAGGCCAGAGUUUACUUUGAAGAAGCAAUGACUCUGGUGCAAGGGACAUUUUCCGACUUGUAUCUGUUGACUGCCUUAUAUGUGAACUUGGCAUCUGUGUAUUUGAAGCUCAAAAUGAAAGAGAAAUCUCCCACCCUUGUGGAAAAGGCUGCAACUCUUCUCCUGUGCAUCCCAUCCCAUAUUUUCAGUUCAGAGAAUGAGUUGGAGAUACUUAACAUUCUCCUUAAAAGAGCAAUAAUCGCCAAUGAUUAUUACCUGGAGGCACGUACCUGUUUUCUAAUAACAAAACUUUUUCUAGAAAGCGGAAAGUCUGAGGAGACUUUAUCAUUUGCUGAACAUUUACAAUUUCUUUCAAAUAGUUUCAGUUUUCAAAGUAACAUUGUCCCAAUAGAUGUGCAUUUGAUUUUAAGUUGCAUAUACAACAAAAAAUGCUUACCACAGCUUGCACUGGCAGCUUUAAGAUUUGCUCAACCUGGCUCAAGUAGCACAUUGUUUGGUUCUUUGCAGAAAGCUGAUUUUGCCAUUGAAACAAUUGUAAAGUUUAACACUCAAGGAACUUGUAUUGGAGAAAUCCCUCCACAGGCUGCACUUUACCUUCAAGAAGCUCUGGAUCUUGCAUCUAGCACUAGCGACAUAAACAUCCUGAGGGAUUUGAACUUUGCAUUGGCUAAUUUAUACCAACAACACAAGUUGUAUAAAAGGGCAAUUAAUUACAUGGCAAAAUCUGCAGAAGUAUCAAGCUGCAUCAGUGAUGGAGGAACUUUCAAAGCUCAUCUUUCUCUUGCUUGGCUAUAUAUUUUAAAUAAUCAGCCAAUCAUGGCAUCAGAAAUCUUGAAUUCCCUUUUAGAAUCAUCGCUUAAGAUGCACAACCCUAUACAACAAGGAGUUGUUCAUAACAUGCUGGCACUCUCUCUAAGAAAGCACACCAGGCUAAAAGAAGCUCUGGAAAACUGCCAUUAUGCAAUAAUAACUGCAAAAGAAAGUGGCAUAAAAUGUAACCAAGCCAUUGCUCAUGCUAACUUUGGAUCUUUGACUCUGUGUUGUAAAAUUCUUCCACUGCCUGGAUGCUACCUCAGGAAAUCUUUAAAUCUGUAUUUACAAAUGCAAGACUGCUGCUUGGAAGUGGGUUAUGCGCAAGUUCUCUUGUGUUUGGGACAAUACUACAUAGACAGAGGCAUGAGAAACGAAGGGAGGCUGCAUUAUGAGCUAGCACUUCUUUCUGCCAUGAAAGCCAAUAAUGUUCAUUACCAAAUCCAGGCUAUUGAACAACUCUGUAGCUUCUAUGAAAAGGUUUUACAUGAUAAAUUGAAAUGCAUUAUUUAUUAUGAGCACUGGUUACUGCUUGCUCAUAAAUUAAAGGACAAGGAACAGGAGAUGAAAAUGCUGCCCAUUCUAAGUCAUCUUUACUUUUCAUUUAACACAGAAAGUUCCUACAGAUCAUCUCUAAGCUACACCAAACAGAGCCUGAAGAACUUUAUUGAUCUGGGAAUGCACGGCAAGGAGGCAGAAGCCUGGCUGAUGGCCGGUAAAACCUAUUACAUGAUGGAACAAGACGAACUUGUUGAACUAUACUUACAGGCUGCUGUACAGACAGCUCAGAGAAUGAAGAACACGCACUUUACCAUGAAAAUAAAUGAAGAGGCUGGCGAUGUAUUUUACAAUGGACCCAGAGAACGAGAGAAAGCAGUAUCAUUUUAUAGGGAUGGGGCAGUACCUCUUGCCAGGAUGACAAAUGACUUUGACGUAGAGCUCAGACUCUUCAACAAACUGACUGAACUUUGCAUUUCACUGAACCAUCUAGAGCGAGCCCUAGAAUACGCGAUUGCAGCUGUAAGACUCAGUAUAAACACUGGAGACCAACUGAAGGAACGUGUUGCUUUUCAUCGACUAGCCACAGUGUACUAUUCGUAUCAGCAGUAUGAGAUGGCUGAAAAUUACUACCUAAAGGCACUGUCUCUGAGUUCUCAUUUAUUCGUGUCUCCAAAGGAAGCAAAGUACUAUAUGAAAAUUUACUUCAGACUGGGUGAUAUUACACUUCACAAACUCAUGGAUGCUCAUGAUGCUGCUGGCUAUUUCCAAAUGGCCUUCGCUGCAGCUAUUGAACUAGGAAGCAAAGAAGAUUUGUUUAAUAUUUGUACUAAGCUUGCCAACAUUUACAAGAACUACAUUGUGAAUGAAGAUCUAUGUUCUCAAUUUGUUGAGAAAGCAAAGGCCCUCAGCAAUAAGCUACAUGAAACCAAACAGAGCUCAUCACCAAACUAAUGUGAAAUUAUUUAAAAUGUAAACCAAACUCUCAUGACACGUUAACUACCACAUAAGUGUUUGAAAGUAACUUCCUAAUGUAACAUGCCCAGAUACAUUUACCUUUCUUUUGCAUUCAAGAACUGAGGAAAAAGGUUGAAAACCCAUAAUAAAGGGCAGUUACAAGUUGAAAUCAAUGAUUGGAUAGAAAAAAAAGUCAGUAUUAGCUAACCAGAGAUGCUAAUUGGAUUAAGGGGAGGGAGGAUUGACAUUCACAGUAGUGAAUUCAGUUUUGAGUUUCUGGUAAAUAUAUCAUGAUGAUCCACUUUUUUUUGUUCUACUUUGGUUUACCAUAAUGAAUAAAAUAGAAACAUCUGGUAGUAACAAAACUUGCAUUGCCAAAAUUUGCAAUGAUAAUAAAAUUGAAUUUAAAAUUAUUUUUCAAUACUUAAGAUAUUAGACAACUGAAAUAGAUCAGCAUAAAUGUUGCAUUAUCAGCUGGAGCAUUUCUAGUUAUGGUGUCGAGCUCGAUUAUCUUUAGUUCAUCCCAAGUUUUACAUAUAUAAAUUAUUCUGAAAUAUCAUGGGUUCUUAUGAUUAUAAAAUAUACAACUACAAAAUUCCAGAUGGAGAAGUAGAAACAGUGAACUAGCAUGAGUGAACCAUCAGUGAAAGCUACUGGUAUCUCAGUAUUUUUAUAAUGCAUGUGAAAUUAAGCAGCUUCCUUCAACAAAAAUAAUGGACUUUGCGUAACAUUCUACUAAAUCACCUACUGUAAAAAUUUGCCAUUUCUAGAACACAUUUGCAGCAGGUUUGAACUAACAUAGCCCCGGGAACCUAUUCCUGGCAAGGUGCUAUAUUUUAUCUGCUUUUUACCUUCUGCUUUUCUGUCCAGAAAAAUCCCCAAAUGACUGCUUUCAGAAUGUUUUAUAAAUUGAAGUGUAGUAAUUUCUCUUUUCCUGCACUCUGUGGCAUGUACUGAACAUUUAAAGCAUUCCCCAAAAUUGGUGAUUACCUUUUAAGUAUCUCACUUUUUAUAUACUACUUAAAACAUAGGUUGAGGUGGCAAAAUGAUGGUCUUACUCAGAAUACACUGCAUAAAAGUAGUAGUUUGUAUUAAUAAUGAACAGGUAUAAUUAAGGAGCCUGAAGUGUCCUCAAACUACAAAACAUAUGGGUUAAUUACUUGGUUAACAAUAUUGUCUUUCAGCUAUGUUCUCAAAAUUUAGAAUGAUUUGAAUAUGAUUGCAUCAGUAAAUCAUAUUCCUUAUGUCCUCUGUGGACUCUGUUGAACAUUUGGAGAUCAAAGGCUUCUACUAUAUUGGGCGUUAUGCUCCUUUAUAAAUGGCAGGAGAGCUGUAAGCAAAAAUGUCAGAUGUAGAAAAUGCAGUCUUUCCACAAUAAGGUUUAUUGCAGUCAAUUAUGAAGAUUUUGAUGUGCUAACAUUUUAACAGAAUUCCUGCUAUGCAACUCAUUUUGCUCAUUAAUCAGCACUUGUACCAUUAAAAAUGCACAUAAGUACUCAUCAAUCUUAUGUGACCUUUACAGAGAUGAGUGUAUAAGAUGGAAGUACAAUUUGCAGGGAUGAAAAUGAUACAAAGCGAUUAAUGUAGCAUUUUAUAUUGUUUGAGUAAGAUUGGAAAGAUGAUUUGAAUGUACCAUAGCCUAACAGCAAUGUGAACAUAUUUUUAUAUUAAAAGAUUUUAUGUAACAAAAUGAAAACUUCUGUUCAUAUUUUUGUAUUAUAAAAUGGGCUAAACAUUGGAGUAUUUUAAUUGAAAGCACUUUUAACUUGGCGGAAUACAA